UAAUCUUAACGAUUCGAGGUCAUUGACUGGUCGACUCACAGAAAGUUAGUCCGCCUGAGGAUUUCUUUCGAUUUCCUAUAAACCACCAGGCAGCCUUCUGUCUCCUUAAGGACCAGUGUCACACAAGAGAACUGUGAACAUGCUGCAAAAUGGCAAAGAUGAAGAUACGAAGUCAGAGACGUCUCAACCCCAGCCAGAAAGUCAAAGCCAGGCGACUGGUGACAGCGCAGCGUUUAACCUGCAGACCGACAGUAGUACACAUUUUCCAAUGCCGGUCUAUCCAAAGCUGGAAAUCAAGCGUAAUGCGGUCACAGACGAUUACAAGAUUUCCAGUCAAGUUUUGGGUUUGGGCAUUAACGGAAAAGUAUUGGAAUGCUACUGUAAGAAAACAGGAAUCAAGUGCGCACUCAAGAUCCUGUAUGAUAGUCCCAAAGCGCGGCGAGAGGUAGAGCUCCACUGGCGGGUGUCUGGGGGGCCAUACAUAGUAAGAAUUCUCAACCUGUAUGAGAAUAUGCAUCAUGGGAAAAAAUGUCUGCUCAUUAUCAUGGAAUGUAUGGAGGGGGGAGAACUCUUCAGCCGAAUUCAAGCUAGAGGAGACCAGGCGUUCACUGAGAGAGAGGCGUCGGAGAUCAUGCAUGACAUUGGGACGGCCAUUGAAUACCUCCACAUCAUGAACAUUGCACACAGAGACGUCAAGCCCGAGAAUCUACUCUACACUAGUAAGGACAGUAAAGGCGUCCUCAAACUAACAGACUUCGGUUUUGCCAAAGAAACGACACUCCACAACCCACUGCAGACGCCUUGCUACACACCAUACUAUGUGGCCCCUGAAGUUUUAGGCCCAGAGAAGUACGACAAGUCAUGUGACAUGUGGUCACUGGGCGUGAUCAUGUAUAUCCUGCUGUGUGGCUUUCCUCCGUUCUACUCCAACACAGGCCAGGCUAUCUCACCAGGCAUGAAGAAACGUAUUCGCAUGGGGCAGUACGAGUUCCCAAACCCAGAAUGGGCAGAGGUCUCAGAGGAAGCCAAACAACUGAUCCAUCAGCUGCUGAAGACAGAUCCCAGUGAGAGAAUGACUAUCACACAGUUCAUGAACCACCCAUGGAUCAAACAAUCGAUGGUGGUGCCCCAAACGCCUCUGCACACCACACGGGUUCUUACUGAGGACAGAGAAAUGUGGGAUGACGUUAAGGAGGAGAUGACCAGUGCUUUAGCCACAAUGCGUGUAGACUAUGAUCAGGUGAAGAUCAAAGAUCUGGACACAUCCAGCAACCCACUACUCAAUAAGAGGCGCAAGAAGGCAGCAGCUGGAGGAAAGAGCGGAGGCACUGUGUGUAACAGUCAGUAAGGACACAGGGAGGGAGAGAGAGCAUCAAGGGACUUAAAAUGGGACGAAAAUAAUGAUAGGUUGAAGAGAGAGGACCCAGACAGAGUGAGAGAUAUCCUCAACUCAGGGCACAGCUGUGGAGGACAGACGUACAAUGUCAAAUCCUGACUGAAAAUCAGCUAUGGACACCACAUGUUAGCCUUUGG